AUGGGCGCAAUAUUAUCUGUAUUUUUAUCAGUGAAUAUAUGUCUUGAUAUUGUUUGGGUUGGAGGAUUUUGUCUAGCAAUAGCUUGGUUUAUAUUUGUAUGGUUUAUUGGUUUAACAAGUACAAGUUUAUUUAUACUUGGUUCGGCAACUGGUUUAGUAUUUUCUCCAAUAUUUCCAUUAUCAUUUGGAUUAUUUAAUCAAAGAUUAAAUGUUGUACCAAUGCUUCUUGCAUCUCUAUUAUGUGGAUCAGCAGUUGGAGCUAUAACACUUCAAAAAAUAGCUGGUUUUGUUAUGGAUCGUAAUCCAAAACAUUUUCCAACAUUAUUAAUUGUUUGUUUAUUAAUGUCAAUAUUAUUUUAUAUAGUUUCAAAUUUUGUUUAUUUUAUUCAUCAAAGAAAAAAUUUGUUAGAUGCUCGUCCUUCUAUAACAGAUGGUGCAGCUCUUCCUCCUGAACAUAUUAAUGAAGAAGAACAACAAAUGGCUACUUAUUUAAGAGAUCAAAUUGAUUAA